CAGAUUUUAAAAAAAAACUAUUUUUUGGUUCUGUAAUUAACACUUCUUAUUAAUAACUAUAGCGCAUAUAUAUACAUCUGUUGAACUAUAAAUGCAUGCUAAAGUUCAGUAUAAACUGUAGAAAAAGGAAGAAACUUGUGAAGUAUGUGAAAGUUGAUAAGUAUACAACCGUUUAUUACAAGCUAAUCCAGUACGGUUACUGUGACGACAAAACAAACACACUUCCACUUUCGUCCUGGCAGCAUGUACAGGAACCUUGACCUUAGCCAACACGAACUGGGGGCGAGCCAGUUUAUACUUUCACCAACCAUUUAGCAAUUUAAUAAAGCUUCAUUCGCUGAAGGCUGUGUGUUACAACGGACUUUCCCAAGGAUUUUUUUUCCCACCCCACACUAAGUAAGAAUAUUUAAAGCCAUCGUGAUGAGGGUAUUACUACACUUUCGAUUAAUUAUUUCUGGUCAAAACAGGUUUCCUCGUUUACCAACACAACUUGUAUGUCAGUGGAAAAGUGUGCGUAAAUAGUACGUGUUGCAGGUACUGAUGAUCAACGGUCUCUCUUUGUUGCAGUUCAGAUUGGACAGUUAUAAAAGGAUGAGCCAAGAGGAUCAGUGGAAGUGGAUUAUUACGGCCAUCCUACUUGUUAUAGUAGGACUACUGCCUAAUUCCAGUGGUACUCAAGUUAAAGGUGGGAUCGGAGGUGGUAGUUGGCAAGGUGGUGGUGGUAGUUGGCAAAGCGGUGGUGGAGGUGGUAGCUGGAAAGGCGGUGGUGGAGGCGGUAGAUGGCAAGGCGGUGGUGGAGGCGGUAGAUGGCAAGGCGGUGGUGGAGGCGGUAGAUGGCAAGGCGGUGGUGGAGGCGGUAGUUGGCAAGGAGGGAGCGAUGGCUACCCCAAUAAUAAUGCUGGAGUCUGGAAAGAUGAAAUAAGAACAUUCCCGAAAACAAGCUUUAAGUGUUCGAACCAACCCUACGUCCCAGGCUACUAUGCUGACGUAGAAACACAAUGCAAGGUUAGUCCACGCAAACAGUAAGUACAAUAAUGAAUCAAUGAUGACGCUGGUAAAAUUCAACUGAAUUGUACUAUUUACAGUUAAAACAGCAUAUUGUAACUAGUCAUUUCUUUAUAUUAGGUUUUGAAGCGUUAAGAUCCAAUAUGAAGUAUUUCCAUUCUUUUAAAUACACUAACAAUAUUACAAAGUAUGUUUGAUUUUUAUUUUAUUACUCUGUUAACUGAUGUACCCCUUCAACGCACGGGGAAUUAUAUAGAAGGCCCCCGGGUCGCUGAUAUAGUGGGUUCAGAUUCGAACGCCUUGCCAUUCCUCGGGAGACCGUAUACAUGUCAGGCUUGGCGACAAUCGGACACAACGCACAGGAAAGACAUAGAGUCCCCAUAGAGUGACAAAGGGAGGGUCAAAUCCGAACGCCGACUUUCUAUGUCACUUCUCGGCGGGCUCUAAGGGUACAAGUAAGGUUUGGAGACAAUCGGUCCAGCGGUUCGCCAGUUAUAAGUGGAAAAAACACUCAAAUACCUUUGUCAAACAAUAUGACAUAGUGGUUUAGACUGUUGAAUAUUUCUCUGAUGAUUGCUUCAGGAUGUUUUAUCAAUUCUACAAUGUCUUUCUGAAACUCCAUGAACAUGUAAAUUAUGAAAGGCCAUAGUCACUAGUGAUUAAAUGUAAAAAAAUAUU